AUGUCUGCCACUACUAUGAAAGCGCUCAACUACCAGGGCCCGUACAAGGUUCGAGUGGAGGAUGUCGAGAAGCCGAGAUUGGAACAUCCAGAUGAUAUUAUUGUCAAAGUCACCACGGCUGCGAUCUGCGGUUCGGAUUUGCACAUGUAUGAAGGCCGAACGGCUGCAGAGCCUGGGAUCACUUUUGGCCAUGAGAACAUGGGAAUUGUCGAAGAGCUCGGUGAGGGGGUGACAUUGUUGAAGAAGGGUGAUCGGGUUGUGAUGCCAUUCAAUGUUGCUGAUGGCCGGUGUCGCAAUUGCGAGGAGGGAAACACUGCGUUCUGCACUGGUGUCAAUCCAGGAUUUGCUGGUGGCGCUUAUGGUUAUGUCGCAAUGGGUCCCUACCGCGGAGGUCAAGCGCAGUAUAUUCGCGUCCCCUAUGCAGACUUCAACGCUUUGAUCCUGCCUCCCGGAAAGGAACACGAGGCAGACUUUGUUCUUCUGGCUGAUAUCUUCCCAACCGGCUGGCACGGUGUCGAGAUCUCAGGCUUCCAAGCAGGCGAAAGCAUCGCCGUCUUCGGCGCAGGUCCAGUCGGCCUAAUGGCAGGCUACUCAGCAGUUCUGCGCGGCGCAUCCAACAUCUACGUGGUCGACCGUGUACCCGAGCGACUCGAAGCCGCGCGAAAAAUCGGCUGCAUUCCCAUUGAUUUUACCAAGGGGGAUGCUGUUGACCAGAUUAUCGCACACAACGGUGACAUGGUUGAUCGAUCGGUCGAUGCUGUGGGUUAUCAGGCCGUUGAUGCGAAGGGUUCUUCCGAGAAAGCGAAUAUUGUGCUUGAGAAUAUGAUUCGCGUGACGCGCGCGUGUGGAGGCUUGGGUAUUCCGGGCCUGUAUGUGCCAAGUGAUCCCGGUGCCAAGGAUGCUGCUACGGCGAAUGGAAUGAUUAGUCUUAGUUUUGGAAAGUUGUUUGAGAAGGGUCUUUCUCUUAGCACUGGGCAGUGUAAUGUUAAGGCAUACAACCGAUACCUACGGGACAUGAUUAUUGCAGGGAAAGCAAAGCCUAGUUUUGUUAUAUCGCAUGAAAUUGAUCUGUCUGAUGCUGAGACUGCUUAUGACAAGUUUGACAAGAGAGAAGAUGGGUACACGAAGGUCAUCAUUCACCCAAACGGGGGUUUCUAA